AUGCUUGGUGGUAAAAAGCCUCGCAAAGAGACCUCACUUGGCGGCAAGAAGCCUGUCAAAGAAGCCUUGCUUGGUGACAAGAAGACGGAGAGAAAGCGCAAGGCAGCCAAACCCAGGGAACAGCUGCCCAUCAGUAUUCUCUACCCUGAAAAUCUCCAAUUCGAGCCCGUCGAUGUCGAGAAGCCGCCAGUCCCCAUGUUGUCCUACGGUCUCGACCGCGUGCUAUUCAACCCAGGCGUCUACCGUUUGCAGGACCCCCGCUCUCGACUCUACAAUUUUGAUCCGUACCUCGAGAAGAUCAUGCCGGUGAACGAAUUCGAUUUUGAUGCCCUCAGCGAGUACAAGACAUCUUCCAAAGACGAAGAAUUGCUGGCCAUGACGAAAAGACUUGGCUCCAAAUUCACCGGCUCCACCUCCAGCAUGUCGGGCAUUCUGCAGCACUUUCAUUUCAUCCUCUCUAAUUUUAGACAACUCAAUCACGAGAUGCUCUCUCGCGAAUUCCCAGACCCCUCGCCCAGAUUUUCCAAACUCACCUAUGGGCCCAGCGCCAUCUUCCUCCGCUACAAAGACGGUGUGUAUGCGAUAGACGCCGACAAGACCUACGACCGACCGAACAUUAUGAGCUGGCUCGGACAUUCCCUGGAGAAGCUCCUGACUACAGAACGGACCGAAUUUGAGCGAUACCGCAGAUCGAGUCCCGAAAAGGCGCCAGUGGAAGACAAUGCCAGCAGAUGCUACCACUACUCGAAACAAGGAAACCUGCUGAUGCGCUCUCAACUUGAUGCGUAUGACCCACGUCUUCCGGGUAGUGGCAUAUUCGACUUGAAAACAAGGGCGGUAAUCUCGAUCCGCAUGAACCAUAAAGAAUACGAAGAAGGUGCAGGCUACCAGCUUCGCAAAGAGCGGGGCCAGUGGGAAUCAUUCGAGCGAGAAUUCUACGACAUGACUCGAGCAACAUUAUUGAAGUACUCUCUGCAGGUUCGAAUGGGCCGAAUGGACGGCAUCUUCAUCGCCUUUCAUAACAUUGAACGCAUAUUCGGCUUUCAGUACCUCAGCCUACCAGAUAUGGAUGCUGUUCUGCAUGGGCAACACGACACUUGCCUGGGAAACCAGGAGUUUAAGCUCUCUGUUGGCCUAGUGGAUGAAUUGUUGACCCGCGCAACUACCCAGUUCCCCAACACGUCUUUACGACUCCACUUUGAUUCACGCGAAGGGAAGACGUCAUUCAUGUAUGUCUUUGCUGAACCAGUCACGGAAGAACUGGCGGAUCAGAUCCAGGGUGCCGGGAAUGUAGCACAAAAUGACUUUGCACGCACUGUUGUAGGGGUGGGAAGGGACGAUCCAGAUGUGCAAGCCGCUUGGCAGACCAUACAGGAUGAGGUUGACGAGCAAGUCGACGAGGACAAGAACACGGCGGCGACGAUGGAAGCCCAAGGUGCGGACGUAGCGUCGCAGCAAGAAGAGGUCACCAACAGAAAUGAAGAUGAUAUCGAGGCCAAUGCGCAGGACACGGUGACAACCGCCAAGAAAUCCUCUACAGUUAACAACGACUCGGAUGGGCCAUUAAUGGGAUGGACCUUGACUGUCCGUAGCAAGGUCAACGGGGAAUAUGUGGAGCGACCAGAGCAAUUGGCCAUCAUUGACGACUGGAGGAUCGAGUAUCACAUCAAAGACAUUCCGCAGGAGACGCGUUGGAAGCUAUACAACGCGGUCAAGGAGCGACGGCGCAAGCUCAUUGGCCAAGAUGAGGAGGAAAUCGACGUAGGGCUUAAACACUACCGCGAUAAGAUUCAGCGCUAUAGCGAUAGCGGACGCAAGUGGAGGAAGAAACAAGAUAAACUAGACGAGGCGCAAGGCGUGCACGUAUAUAGGCCGCUUGGUCCUGGAUCUGACGUUACUCAGGAGGAGGCACUGCCAACUGCACCUUGA